AUGUCUGACUACGCUGAGAAGUUGGAGGCCUUUAACCAUUCUUUGUACGAAUCCCGCUGGCAUGAAGUUCACAAUUUUGUCAAGGCUGUGUAUCCGCUCAUGACUUUACUCACAAUGACGUGGGACCCAAUGCGGUUUGACGCUAAGGCCGAGAAGGAUUUCGAUCCUGAUAUGUUUUCUGAGACUCUCCGCAGCCAUAGCUUCAGAGGCUUCAUGGCCCUCGUCCUCAAGUUGGAUGCGAUACCAGAGGUGCUCGCAUCGUGGGCGGAGGGUUGCAGAUGCCACGAGUCGAUGUUCAUUGGUAAAACGUUGUUUCAUAGGCGAGAAGUACUGGCGUGCCACUUUGGACCGCAUUGUUGCUCGUGCCCGCUUGCAGGUAAACGAGCGCCUGAGCUGGCGUCGGGUCACAUCGUCCAAAUUUUGGACGACUCGUCCCGGAGAGGGGCCACUGAACUAAUGUCAGAGUUGUCGUUUAUGUGCCGCGACGACGUGGAUGCCAUACUUCGGUCGUGGUAUUCAGCCACUGCUCACUUGAGGCUUGUUCUUCGAAGCAAGACUGACUUCUGGCAGCGGUUGCCGUGGCUUCUCUGCGGUCUGGCCCAUCCAGAUCCAGUCAUUGCCAAGCGGGUCGCCAACGACAUUGUCCAUUCUGUGAACGUGACGUGUGAUGAGCGUGUGCACCAUCGACUCACGAUCCCCUUCAUGUUUGACGGUCGUUUCCAUGAUGAUUUGUGCCGCUUUGCAGAUGGCAGUGGCUUGAAAACGUUGUCUGCAGCGUUCCAGAGAGAGAUCGCGAUGCUACGAUUCGUGCCCAUUGCAGAGACGACGAUCGAGGGGAAGCACGCGGUCCUCACCAAGGCAAGGAAGAAGGUGUCCAGAUCUGGUGCUGUCGUGGCCAGCCUUUCCAACAGGAUGCCUCUGUUGGAAUCCAAAUUAUGCGCGGAGGAGGGUACAGAUCGGCCGUUCUUCAAGCUCCUCUUGGAUCAGUUUACGAGGGCUCGUCAUCUUGCCAAUGUGCCUGCGCUACUGGGCCUGCAGUGCUUUCCAGAGAUCCAAAGUGCAUUCAAUCGGCGAGCUGCCACGAAGGACGUUUCAUCAUAUUUGGAGAAGCCUCUUUCUCGAGUUAUCUACAGGCUCGACCUGGGAUCGCAAUACCAAGAUCUGUCCACGGCGAAGCUUGACAACGAACGGAGGGCAAAGCAGGAGACUGCGCGACAGUUGCAGGCCCUCGGGGAUAAGCCGAAAGAGCCGAUCAGCUACGAUGGGAUGUUGCGCGCUGCCAUACUUGAUCAUUUCAGGAAGCUUGGUGCACCAGCGGGUGCAUAUUCUUUCGCGCUGGGCAACGGCGCACACAUCCAGACACUGGGGAGCUAUUUCUGCCAGGCACCUGGACCAGCGAGACGGAUGGAAGGCCCUGACCCAUUGAUGGAUGUGGACGGUGAACUGCCCGCAGAACGUGAUGAUGGCCACGGACUUGUAUUUUUCAGAGUCGUGAAGAUGACGCCGUCGUCAAACAAACUUCUGCGGAUGCCAGCCGGGAGUCGCGCAGCCCUCCGAGAUACGCACGUGGCUGUCACAGAACACAGGAUAUCUCGGAAGGUCAACAAUGACACGUUCAUCAUACAUGCUGACUCUACUCACAACGAUGUUGCACUGAUUCAUUCCUUUGGCACUCACGUGAACGUUCUGGAAGCAACCAUCACCCGCUGGGCGAUAGACCCACGUGCACGAUAUAUUGUUGAGGGCGUCAGUGCCAGCGCGUCCGAUGCCGUGACCUGUUUAGUGGAAGCUGGCGCCUUUCACGUGAGCGACGGCCGCGUCCCUGCCCCGACCUUCAACUACGACAAUGCAUCUGUCGCUGAGUUGAUGGCCAUCGGCGCUGUGGAAGAGGAUGACAGUGGAUUCUACCUUACAGAGCGCGGGCUGAAUCAUUUGCAAAUAUUGUGGCAAGUGAAGCAGUGCGGGCUGGUGUGUGACUGCCGCCACGACAUUCCCGUCGAGACAUUCACGAGUUACGAGUUGAUGAAGAUGCUGGAAGAUCAGGGAUUCAGGUGGAAACAGUUGCCUGCUAAGGAGAAGGACCGCCUGGCCUUGGGGGGCUACGCGCCUGACCGCGAGAAAAUGUGGUACUCGAUCUCCAACGCGGUGACCCCAGCCCUGUACAAGUACAUGAUUUGCUUAUUGAGCGUUGAUCGUAUUAUAGCCGAUGGUAAGUACUCCGAGAUUCCACACUACGCUUCAGAUGGCCACUACCUCGCCAUUCUGGAAGGGCGCGACUAUGAGCAGCCGAAGUUCGGGAAGAAGAGGCGCCAUCCAACCUUGCUCGAUCACGGCGGCAUGGAGCUUGACGGUGAACUUCCACUGGCGUUGCCCGCCAGGCGACCCCGGGCUACAGGCGGUGGCGCCAAGCGGCUCAAGGCCGAGGCAACGUUGGCGCUUGCAGCCGGCGAUGCCGACGACAGCAUCGGCGACGCCGACGUGGAGGGCAGCGACGAGAAGUCGGAGUCCGACCAGAUUGACGGCGGCGCUGAUUUGGCAGAUGAUAAAGCGGCGGCGGCGACCCAGGCGGAGACGAUGGCGGUGCUGGAGGAGAUCCUGGCGGUGCUCGUCCUGAGGCUCCUGGACCUGAUGUCGUGCCUGGCUGGCUUGCGGGGACAUGGCUGGACGACAGUGUUGGCGCUGUUGAACCUCCACCAAUCCCCCCUCCCAUUGAACAUCCUGGGCCAGGUGUGCCUCCAGACGGCGCUGAUGGCGACGCACCCCCGGCUGGAGGCGCGGGCGGAGGUCGCGGCCGCGGCCGGAAGGGAGGCGGCAGAGGAGGCGGUCGCCGAGGAGGCGGCAGAGGAGGCGGCAGAGGCGCCGACGCUGCCGCACCAGCUGCCGCAGCUGCCCCAGUGGGGCAUUCAGAACAGAUAA